AUGCCAGAACAACCCAGCUCACCAAUCACAGGAGAUUUUGACUCCAGCUCUUCUCCAAUUAAUGCCGAGGAUUCUCAACUUCCUCCGGUAAGUUCACCAGUGACUGGUAACUUUGAAUCGACAUCCUCACCGAAUCGUAAUGCACAGAGUUCCCUACCGCCAGAGCCAAGCUCUCCCGCAUUAUUCUAUAACACUUCAUCCUCACAGCCAGAUACUUUUGGACAAAGUCAAUCAGCGGGGCAAAGACAAGGCAAUAGAAAUGUUGGCGCUGCGAUAGGUUCAUCGCCUUUCAAUUACCCAUCUUCUCAUCAAUCCUCUACUGGCUCUGAAAUACACAGGAGAAAUGAUGCUGCAAGGUCUGGAAAUACACCUCGUACUGCUGGCAUUUCAGAGAGGUGGAGCGAUAGAGCUGCUCCCAAAUCGUCGUCGUCAUACGGUGGUCGGCCCACAGGUCGUUCGCAGGCGAGACGAAAUGAUAUCCAUGCAUCAGAUCUUUCAACACCGCGGCGAAUAAUUGAUUUCGAUUCACGGACAGGUGUGCCUGCCUCCUCAUCUUCAGACAUUCCUUCUGAUGCUGGCGAACCAUUACGAAUUAUUUGGGGUACCAAUGUUAGUAUCCAAGAAUGUGCUAAUAGCUUUCGAAGUUUUUUGAUGUCUUUUAAGUACAAAUCUCGUAAAGUAUUCGAUGAAAGAGAGCAGUUAAUCGAUGAAAGCGACGAAGAGUUGUAUUAUAUCAAACAGUUAAAUGAGAUGAGAGAACUAGGAACUACAAAUUUGAAUCUCGACACCAAAAACCUAUUAGCGUUCAAGCAGACGGAAGAACUCUUUCAUCAAUUACUCAACUACCCCCAAGAAGUAAUUUCGAUCAUGGAUCAAACCAUCAAAGAUUGUAUGGUGUCAUUAGUUGUUGAUAACAAUUUAGAGUACGACUUAGAUGACAUUGAAACGAAAUUUUAUAAGGUUAGACCUUACAACAUUAAUUCGACAAAAGGGAUGCGUGAAUUAAAUCCAAAUGACAUCGACAAACUUAUAAGCGUACGAGGACUCGUCCUUAGAUCAACUCCUAUAAUACCCGAUAUGAAAGUUGCUUUUUUCAAAUGCAAUGUUUGUGAACAUGCUAUGGCGGUAGAAAUUGAUAGGGGUGUUAUUCAAGAACCGGCAAGGUGUGAACGUGUAGAUUGUAAUGAAGCAAAUUCUAUGUCAUUGGUGCAUAACCGGUGUUCUUUCGCGGACAAACAAGUAAUAAAGCUGCAAGAAACACCAGAUUCCGUUCCGGAUGGACAAACUCCACAUUCCGUGUCACUUUGUGUUUAUGAUGAGCUGGUUGAUUCCUGUCGUGCCGGUGACCGAAUUGAGGUUACAGGUACAUUCAGAUCAAUUCCUAUAAGAGCGAAUUCAAGGCAACGUGUUCUAAAAUCGCUAUACAAAACAUAUAUUGACGUUGUUCACGUAAAAAAAGUUUCAGAUAAAAGGCUGGGUGUUGAUACUUCGACGGUUGAACAGGAGCUUUUGCAAAAUAAAAUUAAUAAUAGUGAAGUCGAAGAAGUGAGAACCAUUACAGAUAAGGAUGCCACAAAAAUCAAAGAAGUAGCUCAGAGAUCAGACCUCUAUGAACUGCUAGCACGUUCGAUUGCUCCAAGUAUAUAUGAAUUGGAGGAUGUUAAAAAAGGUAUUCUACUUCAACUUUUUGGAGGCGCAAAUAAAACAUUUUCGAAGGGUGGGCGUUAUAGAGGUGAUAUUAACAUCUUACUUUGUGGGGAUCCUUCCACUUCAAAAUCUCAGAUUCUACAAUACGUUCACAAAAUUGCUCCUCGUGGUGUAUACACGUCUGGUAAAGGUUCCUCUGCAGUUGGUCUAACCGCAUACAUUACACGAGAUGUCGACACCAAACAACUUGUUCUAGAAAGUGGUGCCCUUGUUCUCUCCGAUGGUGGUGUGUGCUGUAUUGAUGAAUUUGAUAAAAUGAGUGAUUCGACUCGAUCCGUUUUGCAUGAAGUCAUGGAGCAACAAACAAUAUCUAUAGCGAAAGCGGGAAUUAUUACAACUCUAAAUGCUCGUGCCUCUAUUUUAGCGAGUGCGAAUCCCAUUGGAUCGCGAUACAACCCCAAUUUACCUGUCACAGAGAAUAUUGAUUUACCACCACCCCUCCUUUCAAGAUUCGAUCUAGUUUAUCUGGUUCUUGAUAAAGUUGAUGAAAAUACUGACAGAGAACUGGCACAGCAUUUAACAAAUCUAUACAUCGAAGACAAACCUGACCACGUCUCGGUCGAUGAUGUGCUUCCGGUGGAGUUUCUGACGGCCUACAUCAAUUACGCAAAAGAGAUCAUAAAGCCCGUCAUCACGGAGAGGGCCAAAACGGAACUGGUAAGAGCAUACGUUGGAAUGCGUAAAAUCGGUGAUGACUCCAGAUCAGACGAAAAGAGAAUAACUGCUACUACUAGGCAACUAGAGAGUAUGAUUCGUUUAUCCGAAGCACAUGCAAAAAUGAGACUUUCUUCUGAAGUAGAACUAGUGGACGUCCAGGAGGCUGUAAGAUUAAUUCGAUCUGCGAUAAAGGAUUAUGCAACUGAUCCCAAAACCGGAAAAAUCGAUAUGAGCUUGGUACAAACCGGGAAGUCUGUUAUAGAAAGAAAGCUGCAGGAAGACCUGGCCAAAGAAAUACUCAAUUUGCUUGGGGACCACUCCUCAGAUUCCAUGAGCUUGAACGAGUUAGCAAAACAGAUCAACGAACAUUCGCAAGACCGGGUGGAUUUUUCCGACAUUUCUGAUGCGUUAUCAAGACUUCAGCAAGAAGAUAAAGUCAUUGUUUUAGGAGAAGGCGUCAGAAGAUCCGUGAGACUGAAUCGCCGAAUGUAA